AUGCCACCGCGCGACUCGGAUGCCAACGACAAGGCCGAGAACGGGUAUAUCGGCCUGCAGGAGCCCGACGUCGAGAUCGCCUCGAUCCCCGUCAAGAGCUACCAAGUCAAGUCGCCGCUGCUGCGCGAGUGCAUGGCCGAGUUCAUCGGCACCAUGGUGCUCAUCAUGUUCGGUGACGGUGUCGUGGCCCAAGUUGUACUGAGCGAGAGUACCAAGGGCGAGUACAUCAACAUCAACUUGUGCUGGGGCCUCGGAGUUCUCUUCGGCAUUCACGUCUCUGGCGGUGUCUCGGGAGCUCAUCUCAAUCCGGCGGUGACCACGACGCUGGCGCUCUUCGGGCGUCUGGAGUGGCGUAAAGUGAUCCCGUACAUCAUCGCGCAGGUGCUGGGUGCGUUCGUGGCGGCCUUCAUCGUCUGGGCCGUCUACUGCCCCAUGUUCAACACCAUCGACCCGAACAAGGAGACCACGCAGGGUGUCUUCUCCACGUACCCGUACAGCAACGAUGUGCCAGUGGGGACAUGUUUUCUUACGGAAGUGGUGGGCACUGCAUUGCUGCUGGGCGGUAUCUUCGCCAUCGGUGAUGAACUCAACAAGCCGGCCAGUCCGUACACGCAGCCUGGAGCAGUGGCCCUGCUGGUGGUAGCGAUUGGCAUGGCGUUCGGCAUGAACUCGGGCUACGCCAUCAACCCGGCCCGUGACUUCGGCCCGCGGUUGUUCUCGCUCUGUGCUGGCUGGGGCUCGCGCGUGUUCACCCUGCGGGACCACUACUUCUGGGUCCCGAUCGUCGGCCCGCUGCUCGGAGGUGCCAUCGGUGGCGGCGUGUACGUUGGCCUGGUCGAGCACCACCACCCGCGCGACUACAAGCACCCGCUCGACAACUGA